CAGUGGAGCAUUAAUGAAGGGCCUAGAGGGCUAAAAGUAACAGUAAUUUGUUUCUGGUGGCUAUGAGAGUCAGAGUGAGAGUGAUGGAAUCAAUAUUAGUGACGUUGGGUCCGUAGGUACCUUACCUACCUUGCGUUACAAGCGAUACGUUUCUCGCUUCUGCCUUCCCACCAAGGUAUAGAUGCUUUAGAUGGGCCAAGCUCAACCUGAGGUACCUACCUACCUUACUUUAAUCAAGACACAAGAUAUUUUCCAUUGGGAAGGUACUGUAGGAACUUUAGGUAGGUGCCUUUAGGUGUGGCUGAUACGCAAGGGAUGAAGAAGCCAUCUCCUACCCGCGCCACAUCGAAGCAGGAACAAGCAGCCUCUUUUUUUUUCGUUGUUUUUAAUGGAGUCUUGGUGUGUUAAGGUUAAACGAGCCGAAUCAUUUACCGACACCUCAGUAACAAGGCACACCUCACCUUUAGUAGUUUUACCUUGUCAAGGUUCUUUACCUAGGUGAGUACCAGGCUACUCAAGCAUGCAUUUGCAUUCAUUUUUGCGUCUUUUGCUUCAACUCUCAAUAGUAUAAUCAAGGCAGUUACGUCUCGGUCUCAUGUUGCUCGCGUCUUCGCUCUUUGCGAUCCUGACUCAUCAGAACCUUUGUCGGGCUAUUGUCAGCCUCUCGGCCUUCGGACAGUUUAGAUUUCCGACGUUUGGUCUGUCAAACGGCAAACCACAUCAAAGCUUGACGACGUGAAAAUGCCUGUAAUACGUUUCUCCAUCGUGAAGACCCUCGUAAUUGAGCCUUCAUACGUAUUCCAUUACUCGUCGGGAUAACACGAUAACUUGAUUGCUCUCCGAAUGCUUUCCGCUCUGUAUCUAUCUGACAAGGUUCUUGAGCCCCAUCUGCAACCUCUAUCCACCACGCACAACACUCUACAGCGACAGCAAACUUGAGAUCUGAGGAGGAAUAAUCGGAACCAUCUUAUCAUUCAUUGAAUGACCGUGCUUGUUCAUCAAGAUGCCACCAGACACAAGCGAGCCCGAUCCUUCCGGCCAACCUGAGUCUGCAAAGACUGAGCCUUUAGCCUGCGUUUCCUGCAGAGCCCGCAAGUUGAAAUGCGAUCGCACGAAACCGGCGUGCACUCGCUGUGUCAAGGUCUCAAAUGAGUGUGUAUAUCCAGAAUCCCGGAGAAAGCCCAACUUCAAGAGAAGAAAUGUCAAGGAACUCGAGGCUCGUCUGGCUCAAGUUGAAGAUUAUCUCAAGGAGGUCAAUAAGAAUUCUUCAGAGGAGAAAACAGACGAUGGGAGUCCAACUCAGCCACCGCAGGCGAAUGUCAACUUCUUUGAUAUGGACUUUACCCCUGGACUGGGUCAGACAAUUAACAACCUGCCUGAUCCCGAUUUUCCGUCUUUCACAUCACCCAACAUGGUCCAAAAUCCACAGGAGAGCCCCCAGAUUCUGAAUGCGCAGUUGAUGAGUCUGGGCAUGACCGAACCUUUGCCGCCGGACGAUGUCAUGGAAGAACUGUAAGAAUGGUCGGUAUUCGGACCUCCAGGAUGGGCGCUGACCUUUCUAGCAACAAUAUCUUCUUUCAUAACCAAUAUCGCAUGAUACCAAUUAUCCACCCAGGAAAAUAUCUCCAAUCUUUUUAUGGCCCCCUGCUCCGAAGACCCCCUAUGUGUCUGCGAUAUGCCAUAUGGGCUCUAGCAGCCACUGGCAGCACCAAGUUUGACGAGUACCACGAUGUCUUUUACCGUCGAUCGCGGGCGUACAUUGAGGCAGACAUGAUGAAGGGACACGGGGAUGCUUUCAUAUCUGUUCAACACGCGCAGACGUGGGCCCUCAUUGCGUUUUACGAGGCAAAACACCUACUUUUCACGAGGUCGACCAUAAGCGUAGCAAACUCGGUACGACUAUGUCACAUGAUAGGACUUGACCGCCUCGAUGGGGACCCCCUUGGAAUGCCGCCGGCACUGGGACCUCCUCUUACAUGGGCCGAAUUGGAAGAGCGAAGGAGAAUCUUUUGGGGGGUGUUUGCUGCAGAUGCACAUUGCAGUAUCUCUACAGGAUGGCCGAGUCUGAUUAACUCGGAAGAUAUCGCGACAAGGCUUCCUGCCUCGGAAGAAGCAUUUGUUGAAGAUCGCAAGGAGGACGCCCCUUUUCUGGACGAGGCAAUUCAGGGUGCCCAGUACACAGGGUUUGCUGGAACCAUCCUUACUUGUGAAAUUUUCAAGAUCAUUCUCCGUCAUGUUCACCGAUCCAAGCCCGACUCGAGAAACGAAGAUCUGAUGCAUGGGUCAUUUUGGACUCGACACCGCGAUUUGGACAACACCUUAUCCAGCCUCUUCAUGUUUCUCCCCGAGAAAUUCCGCCUCCCUGAGAAUGUGCGAGACGUAUCAGCACUCCAUUUGAACCUCAACCUUCACGCCGCGAUUAUAUGUCUGCAUCACGCUGCCGUUGAAAAAGCGGACAAAUACAACCUCCCUGAUCAUGUCAAACAGGGUAGCGUCACUCGCCUUCGAGCGGCUGCCGAGGAGAUUGUCAAUAUCAUGCGACUGACCGCCAACGGCACUAUGUUCUUUAAGAGCCCAUUGUCUGCUCUCUCGCUAUACUGUACCACUACGGUUUACGUGUAUCUAGGCAAAGAGGACCCGGUCACCGGCUUAAGCACAAUUGACCUGUCAAAUUUCCAGCUCAUAAUCCAAUCUAUGGAGGCUAUCGCACGUGUGCACACCAUCACACGAACGUUCUUACAGCAAGCAUGCCUCGACAUCGAAAAGAACGGGCUCAGCUCUGUUAUUCAAGUACCAUCAUUGAGGAAAUAUCGAAACGCUUUUGGACCAAGCAGGUCGCGUAUCCCCAUGCUUGCCCGAAGCUCAGUUGCGGAGCAUACCGGGGCAUCGCCUAUCUUGUUUGCUUCCAACUUCACCCAGGAGAAACGGAUGGAUGCUGAAGAGUCAAGAUUGGACAAAGUGGCCAGUGCCAUGUCGCUGGGAAAGACGUGUUAUUCAGCAGUGCUUGGGGCCGCUGCUAGAAAUGUUGAGCCUGCGGGUCGAUCAGAUCCGGAAACCAAUAAACGAAAGAGAACGAGAGAAAGCCCUGGACCUGAAGUUAUGGCCAAUAUGCGGAACAAAGACCCUCUUCACUUGAACUUGAAUCCCAACUUCAGAGGAACGGGUAUGUGGCCAGCAUCAUUCUCACCCCGCAUGGCCUCAGGUGCUAUUUCGCUACCGGAUCGAACAAAUUCAUCAGCCGCAUCUUCGCCAGCUCACCAAGGUUCAAAUCAAGGUUCCUACACGAAGACGGUCUCCGGGAGCAGUCAUACCUCACCUGAUAUCGGCCUCGGGAAUAGUGCAGAGGAAAAUCGGAUCGAUUUAAGAGCAUUUCAAGAACGCAUCUCUACACCGAUAUGGCAGUCUACCGAAGAAACACUCUUUGCACAGAUGGCGGCAAAUACUAUUCCCCUCGGUGAUGGUGAUCCAUGGGGGAUAUUGAAUGCUGUCGAUCUCAGCUGGGAUGUUGGCGGACUUCCAGCGGGAAAUUGACAAGGAUGGAGAAGUUUGGAUUGAGUUUAUCUGUAUUACUAGGAACGACUGGAGUUUUUGGUGCUUCAUUCAGUGGACGUUGAUGUGUUGAACGAAGGGGAACUUGUACGAUAUAUACCCAUGAUUUGUUGGAGAUGACGACACACACUCUUGUACUCGAUUUGGAACCAAUUAGAGGAAAUAAAUAAACUGGAAAUGAUCAAGAUAUCUAUGAAAUACUCAAAACCUGAA